AUGGCUACUCAGAGCCCACCACGCAGUGCCAGCGCCGCCGCGGCUGCGAAGCCACACCUCGCGGACUCUGUCGAGCAACCAUACUUCCCGGACGAGCCGACGGGCCCAAUCAUUAGAACAGAGAUCCCGGGUCCCAAGUCGAAAGAGGCGAUUGCAGAGCUCGACAAGGUGUUUGACACGAGGUCGCUGAACAUGAUGGCCAACUACCAGAACUCAUUCGGCAACUACAUUGCGGACUUGGACGGCAACGUUCUGCUCGACGUCUACGCUCAGAUUGCUUCGAUCCCGGUCGGAUACAGCAACCCAAGCCUGCUUCUUGCCGCUACGAGCCCAGACAUGGCUUCUGCUAUAAUCAACAGGCCAGCGUUGGGUAACUUCCCUCAACACGACUGGGCUCAGAUCCUUGAGACUGGUAUCCUCCGCGUCGCUCCAAAGGGCUGCGACCAGGUCUUCACUGCUCAAGCUGGCUCAGAUGCCAACGAGCUUGCGUACAAGGCUGCGUUCAUGUGGAAGCGUCGCCAGCAGCGUGGUGGUGCUGACAUUGAGUUCACUGCUGAGGAGAUUGAGUCGUCGAUGAACAACCAAUCUCCUGGCUCUCCAAACAUGUCUAUCCUCUCCUUCAAGACUGCUUUCCACGGCCGUCUCUUCGGAUCUCUCUCGACGACCCGCUCUAAGCCAAUCCACAAGCUUGACAUCCCUGCCUUUGACUGGCCACAAGCUUCCUUCCCAGCUCUCAAGUACCCACUUGAGCAGCACGUCGAGGAGAACGCCCGCGAGGAGGCUCGUUGCCUCGCAGAGGUCGAGAAGCUUCUCACCACCUACCACAACCCACCUGCCGCAGUCAUUGUCGAGCCAAUCCAGUCUGAGGGUGGUGACAACCACGCCAGCCCAGCUUUCUUCAAAGGCCUCAGAGAAGUCACCAGAAAGCACGACGUGCUCUUGAUCGUCGAUGAGGUUCAGACUGGUGUUGGUGCCACUGGCAAGUUCUGGGCACACGAGCACUGGAACCUGCAAGACCCACCGGACAUGGUUACCUUCUCCAAGAAGGCUCAGACUGCUGGUUACUACUUUGGCAACCCAGAGCUUAGGCCCAACAAGCCAUACCGUCAAUUCAACACCUGGAUGGGUGACCCAGCCCGCGCCCUCCUCUUCCGCGCCAUCAUCAACGAAAUCGCACGCCUCAACCUCGUCCACAACACCGCCGAGACUGGCGACUACCUCUACGCCGGCCUCGAGAGCCUCGCCCAGAAGUACCCCGGCGAGAUCGAGAACCUCCGUGGCAAGGGCCAGGGAACCUUCAUCGCCUGGGACUCACCCCGCCGCGACGAAAUCCUCAAGAAGGGCAAGGGCGUCGGCAUCAACAUUGGUGGCUCUGGCGCCAGUGCGGUCCGAUUGAGGCCCAUGCUCAUCUUCCAGAAGCGUCAUGCGGAUAUCUUCCUCGAGGCGAUGGAGAAGAUUUUGAAGUCGUGA